CUCGCGUCCCACCUACCCCCGAGAGCAGGUUGAGGGGGAACAGCAGUCCCUGCAGGAGGGAGGGGGUCGGUGUAAACAGGUAUUGCCCCCCACCUUCAUAUCUUGGGGCGCUACGUACCCGCGGGGGCAAGACAUGCGUCGCUUCCCGCUGCCCAGCCUCGCUGCCACCCGCGCCUGGAGAGGAGGGAUUGCGGAUCCCACACCUGCAAACUCACCCUAGAAGUCUCAAGGUGCGGUUGGGGGGGAGGGAGGGGUAAACUCCCCAAGGCCUCCACCUCUCUGCGGGUGGCCUCAGCCCCUGUCCGGGGACCCGUGCCAAUGACCCUAGUGGUGGUUUCGCUUUCUCCCCUCUCGGCUGUGUGAACGUGUAUCCGCAGCGUGAUGGGCAACCAGGUGGAGAAACUGACCCACCUAAGUUAUAAGGAAGUUCCCACGGCCGACCCGACUGGCGUGGACCGUGACGACGGGCCUCGCAUCGGGGUCUCCUACAUUUUCUCCAACGACGAUGAGGACGUGGAGCCGCAGCCGCCGCCCCAGGGGCCGGAUGGCGGCGGCGGCGACAGCUUGCCCGACGGCGGCGACGGACCGCCACUGCCGCCGCCGCAGCCGUACGACCCGCGGCUGCACGAAGUGGAGUGUUCCGUGUUCUACCGCGACGAGUGCAUCUACCAGAAGAGCUUCUCGCCGGGCUCCGCGGCGCUGAGCACCUACACGCCCGAGAACCUGCUCAACAAGUGCAGGCCUGGCGACCUGGUGGAGUUCGUGUCGCAGGCGCAGUACCCGCACUGGGCUGUAUACGUGGGCAACUUCCAGGUGGUGCACUUGCACCGGCUGGAAGUGAGCAACAGCUUCCUGACCGACGCGAGCCAGGGCCGGCGCGGCCGCGUGGUGAACGACCUGUACCGCUACAAGCCACUAAGCCCGGGCGCCGUGGUGCGCAACGCGCUGGCACACGUGGGCGCCAAGGAGCGCGAGCUGAGCUGGCGCAACUCCGAGAGCUUCGCCGCCUGGUGCCGCUACGGCAAGCGCGAGUUCAAGAUUGGCGGCGAGCUGCGCAUCGGCAAGCAGCCCUACCGGCUGCAGAUCCAGCUCUCGGCGCAGCGCAGCCACACGCUCGAGUUCCAGAGCCUGGAGGACCUGAUCAUGGAGAAACGGCGCAACGACCAGAUCGGGCGCGCGGCGGUGCUGCAGGAGCUCGCCAUGCACCUACAUCCGGCCGAGCCGGACGAGGGCGACAGCGAUGCGGCGCGGACUACGCCGCCUCCCGGGCGCCCCCCUGCGCCCGGACGGGAGGAAGAGGCCCGAGAGGCGGCGGUGCACUGAGGCGCGAGCCGAGUGCUGAGCCUUGAGAGGGAGCCGUUCUCCGCGGCCGCCACCCCCUCCCUCCUCUCACUCCCUCCUCCAGCACCUUCCGGGCCCCAUCUGGGCUCCUGGGCCCUUUGGGAAAAGGAGAGGUGGCGAAUUGCGCAGCCAGCUGUGGCUUGAGCUUUUAUCUUGGACGGAGGAGGAAGAGGGAGCAGGUAGGAGCACUUUGGCCGGGGCGGGGGGAGGGGGGCACGUCCUGCCUGCCCGCUGGCUCGCUCUUUCUUUCUGAGGUGGGCCAAAAGGUGGACUUGCCUGACACUUCAUCCCUGCUGGCCCUGGCUCCAAAAUCGACCCUUAAGCACUCGCCCUCGGGGGUGGAGGGAAGUUCGGAGUACUAGGGCUGGCCGUUGCCUACCCCCCCCCCCCCCGCCCCACUUCCUCCCCUCCUCUGAAGGCCUGAAGGGUGCCCUGUACUGCGGCCUGGGUGGCGGCGCCCCGCCAGCUCCGAGAGCUACAGAUCUGCUACCGCCACUCCCCAGGGGUGUGUGUGGUACCUGGGAAGCUGGGGAUUCCUGGGGUGUAAGGCCGGAGACCAGGCCCAGGUCCGAGACCAGGCCCAGGUCCGGGAGCAGCAGACUACAGCAGGGAUAAAUAGUUGGGUAAACUUGGGCUACAAAACAAAGACUUUGCUACCUCCCCCCUCACACCCCCGCCCGCAAGUAAUUCAUCAUCUGGCGCUGGCUUCUAGCAGAGUCUCCUGCUCCUUCCUGCUCCAGCCACCACUUCCCAGGUUCCAAGUAAAUCAUUGUCACCGACCAGCUAGGGGAAGGAUUCAAUUAUGGUUCUGUUUUGUCGCCUUUGUUUCUCACCUGCUAUCGUGGGCACUUGCAGCCUCGUUGUUAUCAAAGGAGGGAAUAGCCCUUUGUGUCUCAGAUCUAAUUAAACCUCCUUGGCUGUGUUCCUCGGCAGGUCAUCCAGGGGCUUGGCUGGUGCCACCCCAUAAAGUAUCCACUACAGAAGCAGCCAAAUGGGGUUGCCCUGGCAGGGAUUAGUUAAUCUCCCACCCAUCACCCUAACCCCCUUCCUGAACAGUGAAGGUAACCUUUUUUAAAAUGUAAGGCUUUGGUGGUGGGCCUGUAAUUUUUUUUUUUUUUUUCCCCUCCUCACUGUUCCUCCUCCUCACUUUCGCUUUUAUUCUGCCCGGGAUAAAAUCUUAGGCUUGAAGUGGGCUCAACGAUAAGGUGUUUGUUUCGCUAGCCACACCUGAUGCAAUUUAAUUCAAGAUGCAAAGUCUCGUUCUGUUGCAGCAGUGUCUUUGAUCCUCGGAGAACACCCCUUCAGAGCGCUUUUGCAAUUCAGAGGGGUGACAGCCAUCACAAAUUAAAUGCCACCUGGUGUAGUCAGCACCAAAUCUGGUGACAGUCCUAAGGCACGGGUUAGGGUUGUGAGAUCUGUCAGCCACAGGCUGGCCUGUACCGUUUGGAUCUGCUGCUGAUCUUGUGUGCUUUACUGCGGAACCCAUCUCUUGUAUUCCUGUGAGCUCUUUGGUGUAGUGUAUGCCCUUGAUUUCACAGUUCUUCUCUGCUGCAGAUUGGCAUUGCUAAUGCCGUCUCAAAAGUUGAGUGAAGUUUUUCUUUCUCUUGGGAAUCCUUAUAGAUGACACUAAACAAGUCCUUUUGUGAAUGAAUUCUCACAGUUGGAUUGGAAUUCUGUGUGAACAUCCUAUAGUGGUCCUUGGGCCUUCUCCCCCGGGGAUUUCUAACUCAUGGCAACAAGACUUGAAGGAUGUCCUGGUAUAUACUUUUUUCAAACUUGGAAGCUGAGGCCAUAAUUUUUAAAAGCCUAGACCGUCGUAGCACCUCAAUAUGAAAUAAUUUAAUUUCAGGGACAUUAGCUGUGUUCCCUGUUCUCACAAGGAUCACCAAACAGGUCCUGUCACUUUGCUAAAGAUGAACCACACUCAGCCCUAGUCUGGAACUUUGGAGAGCUACCAGUCACCUGUGGAGAUGUAGAUCUAGUUUUCCAUGCUUAAUAAUGUCACAGUUUCAUGUCUACAUUCUUUUGCUCAUGGAAAAGCUGAGCAAGGUAAGAGACCUUUAGGAGAGCCUAACAUACCUAACAGAUCUGGAUUUUCUUUUAUGCGUAAUGCAGUAGUCGAAAGACCAAUGUGCGGACAGCCAGAAGGAGAACAGCAGAACGGCACUUUCUAGCAGUUUUGGGCUGGCUAGCCAGCUAGCUCUUUCACUCCCCCAUCUCUGUGUCCCUCCUUUGCCCUCAGUUGGAAAGUGAAUGUCAUUGGUCACAUGGAGGUAACAGCAGUGACAGUCUGUUAAAAAGGAACUGCUUUUUUGUUUGUUUUUAAGUUUUUAUUUAUUUAUUUUGAGAGAGCGAGCACGAGUGGGGAGGGGCCGAAAGUGAGGGAGAAAGAAUCCCAAGCAGGCUCCGCACUGUCAGCGCGGAGUCUGACACAGGGCUUGAACCCUCGAAGCCAUGAAAUCAUGACCUGAAGUGAAACCAAGAGCCCCCCCGGGCGCCCCAAAGGAACUGCUUUCUGUGAGAAGUCUCAACUUGAAGGAAGAACUUGUGAAAUCCGCGCCCAUUGUAUCAUUCUGCCUCCAGAGAAGAGGUUUUUGUGAAAAUGAAUCGGACGAGAAAAUCCAUCUACUCCGGAUAUGGCUUUCCCAUGUAACGCAUGUGUCUUUACUGGCUACCCGAGAAGUGAAGUGUGUAAUACAAAAAAGGAUUUCACUGGAAGUUUUGUUAGAGUUCUAAUGCUUUAAAGGAACAACCAACCAACGAAGGCUCCGAGAAAGGGGGACUCCAUCGACUCCGCUCUCUCCUCAAGGUGGCAGUGUUGUGGAUAAGUGAGUUCUUCAUGUCCAGGCUAUGGCUACAUCCGGCACUUUAAAAAAAAAAUAGAUAUAUUUAAUAAUUUCUGUUUCUCCCUUGUAAUAAGACUUCAGAACUGUUUUGCGCUGUGAAGUAUGUAUGUUCUCUGAAAGAAAGAAAUAUUGAUUCUGACGUUCUUGAGAAGCUGUGGCAGGGAUGAACAGGGCCGCGGACCGGACCGGAUACUAAAAAGUAAUGAAACAAAUUCUAUUUUCUUAUUUGAGCAAAUAUUUUAGUGAGACUGCUUAUGUAUGUCAGAGAAGCCCACAACUUCAGCUACACGACUUUUUGUAUUGAAAGAACUACUUUUUGUAGCUUUUAUUCCACAUGUGAUUUCAAAUGACUUUAUAGCACUAAAAUGCCUAGCAGAAGACUUUACACCAGACCUUUAAGAAAGUUUUUAGUUUUUAUGAAAAAAAUGACACUUGGGUGGUUAACACUUCUCGUGUCUUUGGUGCUUCUGGCCCUAAGAGCACCACUAGACAACACGACAACCACAUGAAAACAUAUUUUUGGAAGCAAAACUUUAAUUUUAUAUGACAUAUGCUAUGGAGAGUGAAGAAAAUUUAAUGCUACUUGUUUUCUAUUUUUUUUUUCUUAAGAUGGAAUUCACUGUGUCGAAGACUCUUGAUAUUAUGUGAUUGUCUAACCAUUUUUUAAAAUAUAAAUGAGAAUAAAAUCUCUUGUGAUCAUGGUCCUUGAAUGGUUUUGUUUGAAAAGUUAUGUUUAUUUGUGAAUUUUUUUUUUCAAAUCGUGGUAGCUAUGAACUUGACUGGUUUAUUCAGAUUUUCACUAUGUUCUCUUCUUAGCUCUAAUUCCUGUGACCCAUGGGGAAUUCCUUUGACUAAUACGGUAAAUUCUCUGUGUGUUUUAUUUCCUGGUGAAUUGUGUAAACUGUAUUUUUGUUGAAGAUUGUACGUUAAAUCAAUGUUACGUUCUUCUUGAGAAGGAGGUUCCGAUUUGAAAUUGUAUCAUUUCCUUCAAAAUGAAGGGCAGUGUUUAGUUAAAUAAAAGACUGAUGACCUCUUUUGAA